UCACCGCCCAGGACCCGGAUUCAGGCGGCUCGGAGAGCAGCUUAUUUACUAUAUUCGGGUGGAAAGUACUACGAAUCAAGUUCCAUACUCGAGGAUGCAGUUAGCCUGAUGCCAAGCGUCAAUCUACGGUUGCUACAACGGGAUGACCAACAACACAUACUGUCGGAGCUUUCCGGGCUAGCGUCAGCUGCUGCUUCAAUGGCUCUUCAGGCUGGGAGAAAAGCCUAUCACAGCCUAAAGUUACUGGAGCUCGGUCGUGGAAUAAUUAUCGGCUUUGCAAUCGACUCAAGGUCAGAAGUCUCAGAUCUUAAGGCCGAUCAUCCCCUGGAAUUCAACCAAUUUGACCGCCUUCGGGUAGAGGUUGACUCCCCGAUGAAUGGAACGAGCUACUUAGGUGACGAAACACCCGAACAAUACCGAAAGCGUGCUACAUCAAGACGUUGGGAGGCUGUUAGGGAAAUGGAAGAAACUCUAGCACGCAUCCGCCAGUUACCUGGAUAUGACGGAUUCCUGCUCCCCCCCCCCUCAAGACGCUCUAAUGGAAAUAGCAAGAAAUGGUCCCAUCAUUAUCUUCAACAGCACAUCCUACAGAAGCGAUGCCACAAUUGUCACUACCUCGGCUAUAACGUCAUUAGAGCUUCCGAAGCUUAACUAUGAGAAAGCAAUCGAGUGGAUGGAGAAAUUAGCCAAUUUUGGGAAAGGCCCGGGAGGGCUAUUAAAGAGAGCCCAGGAUAACAAAAAAAUGCGGGACCUCCUUCUUUGGUUAUGGGAUGCGGCGGUAGGGCCCGUUUUGGACCACCUUGAAUGUAGCGGAGCAAUUAUCAGUGGUGGUGUCCAAGGCGGCGAUCCGAAGCACAUUUGGUGGGUUGGAGUUGGGCAAUUAAGUAUGGCACCUUUCCACGCCGCUGGGGACCACUCCCGAGGUUCAACCCGUAACACUAUAAGUCGAGCCAUUUCAUCAUACAUCCCAACAAUAAAAGCCCUCACCUAUGCGCGUCAAGUGGAGCUCCGGCUGCUCGACGAGUCUGGUCCCUCUUUCUCAGCGGAACCCUCCAGGAAAGAAAAACCUCUCGGAAGACAGAACCCUCGUUUGCUUCUAAUUCCCAUGCCGAAGACACCCGGCGAGGCAAGUCUACCCGGUGUUGAUCGAGAGGUUCAAUAUAUACAUGAUUCCACCUCUAAAACUCCCGUCGAGACCACUGUGCUAAGCAAUCCAACCCCGGCUAAGGUCCUGAGGCAAAUUCAGCACCACGACAUUGUCCAUUUCGCCUGCCACGGGGUGUCCGACACUAACCCUUCAGACAGCCACCUGCUUCUGCUCACCCCAGAUGGGAAGGGUGCCGAUAAACUGCUGGCUCGUGAUAUAUCGAAUAUAGUUGCACAAAAUGCACAGCUUGCAUACCUUUCAGCCUGCUCCUCAGCCAAGAACUCCUCUGUUAUUUUAGCCGACGAAGUUAUACACCUGGCCAGCGCAUUUCAGCUC